UCUAUGGUGGUCUUUGUGAUGCAUUUUAUACUGAUAGCAGCAGCUGCUGCACUGAAGCUGCCUUCAUCAGAGACACACACACACUCACACACUCGCACACGCACACACACAUGGGAAGGGCUCUGAAGGCUGAUAUUCCCAGACGCUCCUCACUCUAAUAGGAUCCGCAGAAGAUUGGGAGGAAGAGUCCGUCCGCCUGCCUGCCUUUCCUGGAGAGCUGGGCUUUCGCUCUUCCCACCAGCACGGUUUCUGCCAGCUGAUGAAGUGAUUUAUGAGCAUUAGACAGCCCCUGUUCCUGCCAUAGAGGUCACCGAAGCAUCAGAAACCAAGGUCUGCUGGCCAUGGGCAACCUGAUAAAGGUAUUGGGCAAAGAUUUAGAAAACUGUCCUCAUUUUUUCCUGGAUUUUGAAAAUGCUCAACCCACAGAGGCGGAGACGGCUGUGUGGAACCAGGUCAAUGCGGUGCUGGAGGAGGCACAGACCAUCCUGGCCGAGCUGCAGUCCUACACCGGCGCGGGACUGGAGAUCAGAGAGGCCAUCCAAAAUCCCAAUGAUCUUCAGCUCCAAGAGAAAGCCUGGAACGCCGUGUGCCCCUUGGUGGCAAAGCUGAAGCGCUUCUAUGAGUUCUCUCUUCGUCUCGAAAACGCUCUGCGGAGCUUGCUGGAAGCUCUGACCAGCCCGCCCUACGCCCCGACUCAGCACCUGGAGAGAGAGCAAGCCCUAGCAAAGCAGUUUGCAGAAAUCCUACACUUCACCCUCAGCUUCGAUGAGCUCAAGAUGACCAACCCUGCCAUCCAGAAUGAUUUCAGCUACUACAGAAGAACCAUCAGUCGAAAUCGCAUUAACAAUUUACAGCUAGACGCGGAGAGCGAAGUGAACAAUGAAAUGGCCAACAGGAUGUCUCUCUUCUACGCAGAAGCCACACCCAUGCUUAAAACUCUAAGCAACGCCACAACCAAGUUUGUCUCUGAGAACAAGACUCUCCCGAUUGAGGACACCACUGACUGUCUAAGCACCAUGGCCUGUGUCUGCAGGGUGAUGCUGGAGACCCCGGAAUACAGGAGCCGGUUCACCAAUACCGAGACCCUGCUCUUCUGCAUGAGAGUGAUGGUUGGAGUCAUCAUCCUCUACGAUCACGUCCACCCUGUGGGGGCAUUCGCAAAGACCUCCAAAAUUGACAUGAAAGGAUGCAUCAAAGUCUUGAAAGAGCAGCCGUCCAACAGCACAGAGGGGCUCCUCAAUGCACUGAGGUACACAACCCGGCACCUCAAUGACGACACCACCUCCAAGCAAAUCCGGGCCCUGCUGCAGUGAGCGCCCGCUGGGCCGGGGUUGGGGGGGUGGGGGCAGGAGCUGUUCAGCACAGGCCCAGAGCGCUGCUACCUUCCAAGCAUCAGCAGAACACAUUAAUGUCGCCAUGUUGCUAGAAAUACCCAUGAUCAUCCUCCUCAUUUUGUAAAGAAAGGGGAAAAAAGAAGGCGGGGGAGGACCCCCCACAACCCAAACAAUAGAAGCAAAAAAAAUAAUAAAGCCCCAAGCCCCUGCCAGCCGCGUCUGGCUGCAGCGGCGGGGCAAUCUGCAUUGCCACGGUCCUUGCUGCUAGGUUCUGUUUCUUCCCCCCACACCAGAGCCGACACGAUACGGCCAGCUCUCAACCCGCUGGGACCGGGCUGGGGCGCCAGGACGGGGUGGCAGGGGUCAGGCUGGCUUCUCCCCGCCCGCCCUGGAUCAACAGCCCAAGAGCAUCAGCCAUGACCACCUCUAGAGAUCUGGGCAAAGGAAGUGGGUAUCCCAGGAAUAGGGGGGGUCUAGCCCCCCAGGCAUGCCACGGGGAAGGCAGGGGAACAGGCAGGCAGCCCCGACCCAGGAGGGUACACACUGCGUCUGAAUCGCUCGUCAGGAAGAUGAGGGUGAUGACGAUGAGGCCACGCGUCCCCCUUGCCGGCUCCCCCGGGCCAAUGCCGGUGGAAACGGCUCCGUCGCCCCUUUUAGAUUUUUAAUAGACAAUGAUUACACCCCCCACCCACCUGUUCUUUUGUACAUUUUUGUGUGAAAUAAAAUAACAUUUAAUCUGUUUA